AGUCACUAACCUAACUUUGAAACAGGCGCAUAGAGGUCCUUUCCUUGCGGUACGGAGUUCGUUUCAUUAACAAAUAAUUGUUGGAAAAUGUUAGAGAGCGAUGAUGAUGUACCCCAAUUGUCAAGUACGACUCUUGCGGCCCUCCAAGAAUUCUACAAGGAGAAAGAGGAUCAAGAAAAUCAGUUGAAGAAUAUAGGAGCUGAAAAAGAAUCGUCCAACCUCACGUUUGACGAAAAUUGGCAACUCAGUCAAUUUUGGUACGAUGAUGAUACCGUACACAGCUUUGUCAGAGGAAUAAAAAAUUCGACUGAACCUACCGGAAAAAUUGCGCUUAUUUCUUGUCCGACAUUGUACAACGAAAUGAAGAAUCAAGCUGAUGGAAGACAAGUUACACUUUUCGAGUAUGAUCAGCGAUUCGCAAUUUUUGAAUCAGACUUUAUUCCGUACGAUUAUAAAUCUCCUUUGAGUAUUCCAAGGGAGUUGGCAAAUAGCUUCGAUCUGGUCGUCGCGGACCCACCGUUUCUUUCUGAAGAAUGUUUGACCAAAACCGCGGUGACAAUGAAAUUCUUAUCGAAGAAAAAAAUUGUUUUAUCUACAGGUGCGAUCAUGAUGGAAUUAGCCGAGAGAUUAUUGGGAGUAACUAAAUGCAACUUCGAACCGCACCAUAAAAAUAAUUUGGCAAAUGAAUUUUGUUGUUUUUCGAACUUCAAUUUCGACGAGGCAAUUCAUAAUAAAUAAACUUACCUCUUGAUCAA